AUGGAACUUAUGAGUCUCGCUGCUGUCGGGGGAAGUACUGCUUCCUCUCUUUUCCCUAACCUUAUGGCUGACCGCAUGUUUCCUACCGUCCUCGCCAGUGUUCGUGGAAACGAGGAGCGUUCAGGCAGCACGCAGGCUGAUAUCUCGAGGCUUAGGGCGCCAGUACCUCCCUAUCGUUAUGCUGCCCGUUCUACGCCAUGGCCGUGGAUGGAUCCUGAUGUGGAUGACAGUGAAAUCUUUUUUCCCGGUGGAUUCAUGUUCUCCACGGAUUCAUGGAGGCAAUACCCUCAGAACGUACCCAAGGAUUUGGCGCCAGACCAAGUUCGGGAGAGCGGGAUGUUUACUAGUUGCGCACACUCUCAGCUCUGUUCAGUUUAUAUUGUAGACGUGAGCGAUGACGGACAUUGCAACAAAGCCUCUGCUAUGGACAUCGCCGCUGAUAAUGUCAACGCACAAGCAUUCUGGAAAACCUUGCAGCAGCCACUACCAGAUGGCGUUCGAAUCAGGGCUUUUUUUGUCGAAAAUCUAUCCAUGUCUGUCUUACAGAUGCUGGGAACUGCAUACAAAAUUGAACCUUCGUUUUUCUCUUCCUUGACAAACUGGGUACCUUCACGAUAUCAAGAAAAUGUUGGCCACGAAGACCAUAUAACCGUUGUUCUCCCAUUUGUUCGCACGAUGCAGAAGCCUGAAGCUAGCUCAUCACUAGGUGAUCCAUCCAAUGAGGCUCAAGACAUUGAUCCUCAAGUACCCUUGGACCUAAUUGAUGGGAUUGUGUUUCAGGACCUUCUGGCUAUCCACAUGGUCCGCUCAAGGAGAUGCAAUACCAUCAUAUCAUGUCACUCUUUGCCUAAUUCGGAGAGGACAUCUGGAACGCAUAUUCAGUCAUUCGUGCAAAGAACUUGGGAUAAUAUGCACCGGUCCAAGACCUUCACGAACUCGAAAGAUCCGACAUACCACUUUCUUGCUAUACUAUACUUUGCCAUGUAUGCAUGGGACGAGGCAUUCGAAGCGAUACACCGUUACAUCGACAAACUAGAAUAUGGAGUUUUGGAAACCGCUGAUAUACACCCACUGGCUUGUAAACGUCAUGAAGUACAAGCGCACUUGUCCUAUUAUCAGCAGCUGCUUCUGGAAUUCCACGAGUCCGUUGAAUUCAUAAAAUGGCUGCCAAAUCCAGUGAUGGAAGCUGAAACAGAGCGAGAGGAGUCUACAAAAUUUGUAAAAAGCGAGGCUGACAAACUGUCGCGUGAAAUACGCCAGCUACGUUACCAAAUACUCAUGCAAUCCGCUCGUUUGAGGAAUAUCACGGAGCUAUUCGCCUACUUCGCAAUGGUCUUCUUCCCUGGAAUCUUUAUGGCAAAGGUUUUCGAAAUGAACGUUGUGGAGAUCAAUCCUGGUAGUCGCGAAACUCUUCGCCACUUCGCAGAGGCCACGGUCGCGCUAACUCUCGUGACCGCAUGGCUGGUAAUUGCUCUACAAACAUAUAGUUCUUUCUGGCUUCCUGGCAGCGGGCUUUGGAGGCGUCUAGCGUGGCCAAUGUUCUACAUUGCCGCACUCACCAAGCGCGCCUACCUAAUAAUAGCGCGCAAGCUCUAA